AAGCAGCCAGCCGCUGGGCGUGAUAAGGCCUAGGUGAAUCAAAGUACGGCUUCAUCAUGAUAAAAGGGCCACGCGCACCUAACUAUAUGACUCGUGCCAUCAUACUUCUCAAACAUAUAUCACAAGAAGCAUCAUCGUACCAAGUCCGGUGUCAUCAUCAACCUCCCAUUAGCACACUAUUGACACAAACCACUUCACAAUGGCGACGGCUGCGGUACUCCCCCCAUCCGCCACCACCAAGCCCAGCUGGAAACCCAUCAUCGUAGAUUCUCACCCCUCCCUAGUCGGACGAGAUGACUUCAACCCCUCAAAACACCUUGCAUUCAAGAAAGCCCCAAAAACGUACACCAUGAAGGAAAUUGGCCUCCCCGAGGACCAGGGCAUAUCCCCCAUCGCCGUGUCUGAACCCUUUCCCCUCUUCACCCAAGAGGCGGUUAUGAGGAUGAGACAGGAAGUGCUGAGCCAGGAGGUUCUCGACAACUGCCAGUACUCCAGCAACCUUUCGCACUGCCAGCUGAGGGGCUUUGCGAACAAAUAUGCACCAUUUGUGUACGACGUCUGGAAAAGCCCAGAAACUCUGGCAAUCGUCUCCAAGAUUGCCGGCAUCGAUCUGGUGCCCGAGAUGGAUUUUGAAAUUGCCCACAUCAACAUUUCGGUCAAGACCGAGGAGGAGAGACAGGAAGAGCUCGCGGCAUUCAGGGAACGCGCAGAAUACGAAGCCGACGAGGGUAUUGCCGGUUGCCCAUGGGAAGACGACAAGCCGAUUGUCGACUGGCAUUGCGACAGCUACCCCUUUGUUUGUGUCACCAUGCUCAGUGAUUGCACCACCAUGAUUGGUGGUGAGACUGCUCUUCGCACUGGAACGGGCGAUAUCAUGAAAGUGCGCGGCCCACAGAUGGGCUGCGCCGUCAUUUUGCAAGGCAGAUACAUCGAGCACCAAGCUCUUCGCGCUCUCGGCACCGCCGAGCGCAUCAGCAUGGUCACUUCUUUCCGCCCCAAAUGCCCCAAGAUCAGAGACGACACGGUCCUGACCACCGUGCGCCCCAUCUCGAACCUGUCGGAGCUUUACAACCAGUUCAGCGAGUACCGUCUCGAAAUUCUUGAGGAGAGAAUCCGCCAGCAGCUCAAAGAACUCCGCGAGUUCAACUCCACGGGUCGCAGGGUUCCCACCAAGAAGUUGAAGGCAUUCUUCGAGGAGCAGGAGAAAUUCCUGGCCCAUAUGAACAAGGAGAUGGUUGAUGACGAACAGGUUGUGAAGGGAGCCAUCGAUGACAGUCACUUGCUGACUAAAAAGGACGAGGCCUUGCCGCGCAAGAGACCGCGCCAAACAUAAGAACGGGCGGACUAAAGUAAUGGAGGUGCAGGGCGAAGGAGAUAACGGGAUUCAUGAAUUUGGAUAGGAGGAUUUUGUUGUACUUGGAUUUAGCGUGUGCCAUUCUUUCAAGCGGAUGUGACUUUGGCUCAUACUGGGCAUGGACUUUUCAUAGCGAGCUAGUUACCUUGCACCCG